GCCACUGUGAUUGGUCAAACGUGUUACACGUUGACUACACAUGCAAGCUCACUAGCUUUCUCGCUUGUCAGUCAAAUUUCUCUCCACAGGUAGCCUACAGUAAAGAGAGAGACAGCUAGGGCGCGUUGACAGUGUUGUACAUUUAGGUAGAAUGAGUGUGGGUUUCAUAGGAGCGGGCCAGCUGGCGCACGCUCUGGUGAGAGGCUUCACGGCUGCAGGCGUCAUUGCCACCCACAGAAUCACAGCCAGCUCCCCAGACACAGAUCUCCCCACUGUGCAGGCACUGCGGAAAUUGGGUGUGAGUUUGACCACCAGCAACAAAGAGACAGUGAACAAAAGUGAUGUUCUCUUCCUGGCUGUGAAGCCACACAUCAUUCCUUUUGUGCUGGAUGAGAUUGGACCAGACAUUGAAGAUCGUCACCUUAUUGUGUCCUGUGCUGCAGGAGUCACCAUCAGCUCUAUAGAGAAGAAGCUGCAGCAGUAUUGCAUUGAUCCAAAGGUAAUGCGUUGCAUGACCAACACUCCAGUGGUGGUGCGAGAGGGGGCCACUGUGUACGCAACAGGCACUCAUGCAAAGGUGGAGGAUGGGAAGCUUCUGGAGCAGCUGAUGGCCAGUGUAGGAUACUGCACUGAGGUGGAAGAGGACCUGAUUGAUGCUGUCACCGGCCUCAGCGGCAGCGGCCCUGCUUAUGCGUUUACAGCUGUAGAUGCUCUUGCUGAUGGUGGAGUGAAAAUGGGCCUGCCUAGGAGACUGGCUGUACGCCUUGGAGCCCAAGCUUUGCUGGGAGCUGCUCGAAUGCUGUUGGACUCAGAGCAACACCCUGGGCAGCUCAAGGACAAUGUGUGUUCACCAGGGGGCGCCACCAUCCACGCCUUGCAUGUCAUGGAGAGUGGUGGCUUCCGCAGCCUCCUGAUCAACGCUGUAGAGGCCUCAUGUGUUAGGACUAGGGAACUUCAGUUUUUGGCAGACCAAGAGAAAAUCUCCCCAGCUGCCAUAAAGAAGACGACUCUGGACAAAGUGUUGCAGCAGCCAGGAGUGACUGCAGAAGGUGUUGGAGUCAGAUCUCGUGGGAUCAGUAUGUUCAACAGCAGUGACUCCAGGACCAAAAAGAAGUGAUCCCCCACAUUUGGAAAUGGCACAUUUUGACUCCUUUACUGUCAUAUCAUUUCUCUCAGUCAGUUAGUGGACUAGAAUAGUAAUAUCAAUUUCUGUGGUUGCUAUGACUUUCUAAAUCUCAUUUCUGGUGGUAGGUGGGUUAGGUUAAGUUAGGAUUACUAAAUAACAAUGCACUUCAGUGGUAUACACUUUGUUGUGAAGCAGUAAACUCUGCACCAUGUUCUUCUGGGAGUGGUAUGAUGGGUUCAACUUGUAUUUAUGCAGUUUCAAUAUUAUGUUUGGUUUUUUUUUAUAUUCUACUACUUAAACUUUUCUUUAAAAAAAAUGUGAUAAAUGCUAUAUUUUAUGAUGCAAUGAACCUGAGGAUCUUUCCAAAACAUUUUAUUAUUAAAUAUAGAAAACACA